AUGCAGACGCCGGGGCGAGCCGGGAGGAUGGAGGCCGGGGAGGCAGCGCCGCCGGCGGGGAUGGGCGGCCGCGCGCCGGGCGGCUGGGGCAAGUGGGUGCGGCUCAACGUGGGGGGCACGGUGUUCCUGACCACCCGGCAGACGCUGUGCCGGGAGCAGAAGUCCUUCCUCAGCCGCUUGUGCCAGGGGGAAGAGCUGCAGUCGGACCGGGAUGAGACUGGGGCCUACCUCAUUGACCGUGACCCCACCUACUUUGGGCCCAUCCUGAACUUUCUCCGGCAUGGCAAGCUGGUGCUGGACAAGGACAUGGCUGAGGAGGGUGUCCUCGAGGAAGCCGAGUUCUACAACAUUGGCCCGCUGAUCCGCAUCAUCAAAGACCGGAUGGAGGAGAAGGACUACCCGGUCACACAGGUCCCUCCCAAGCACGUGUACCGCGUGCUGCAGUGCCAGGAGGAGGAGCUCACCCAGAUGGUCUCCACCAUGUCCGACGGCUGGCGCUUCGAGCAGCUGGUGAACAUGAGCUCCUCCUACAGCUAUGGAAGCGAGGACCAGGCAGAGUUCCUGUGCGUGGUGUCCAAGGAGCUCUAUAGCUCCCCGCACGGGCUGAGCUCGGAGUCCAGCCGCAAAACCAAGAGCGCCGAGCAGCAGCUGGAGGAGGAGCGGCGGCAGGUGGAGCAGGUGCAGGUGGAGGCAGAUGCACAGGAGAAAGGUGCAGCCACCCCCCGAGGGGAAUGAUUGCUAAUCCAAGCCGGAGCCUCCCGCCCGCUGCCCCGCUGGAGCCAGCUGCACAACCCCGGGGGCCGGG